ACUAUUUAAAUCAAAAAAUGUCUGGCCAUAAACAAAAUGUUUUGUCUGAAGCAUUUUGCCACAAUGAGGCUAUAUGGCGGACCUCCGGUGAUGUGAGCGAAAUGCUAAAUGCAUGGAGACUGCAAAAGAUAAUGUUGGCCCAGAAAGUGCAGCAAUUAAGUCCUUCGGUGGAACAUGAGGUACUGAAAAGCCAUGAAAGUAAAUGUAAUAUAAAUGCAAGAGAUAAAUAUUUUGAAGAACGCAUUGCUGGGUGCAACAAAUUGUUGAAGCAUUCACGACGAACGAGUCCAUCCGGUAUAAGUUUGUUUAAACAGCCACAAAACCAAUUUGAACCACCAUGCCGUGGGCUAUAUGAAAGUUGCAAGCACAAUGAGCUUAAAUUAUUACAUGGGGAAAGUAGCAAACCUUUAAGAUACAAUAUUGGUGUUAAUCCUGACAAACGGCCAUGUGGUCGCUCUUUAAUGCAGCAGCAAAACCCAGAAUCUACGCUAAUGAACACCACAAAGUCAUUACAGCGCCAUGCACCCGAUAAUCCCACACUAUCGUCUGCAGAGGCUCAGCCGUCAUCAUCAAAUGAAUUUUUUCGCACUGCACGGGAACAGCAAAUACUCAACGAAAUGCAGAAAAAGAAGCAACCCGAAAACCGCGAACUCACCGCAAGUGCUCCCCGUGGGUUAAUGAAUUUUCAAAAAAAGUCUCUGGGCGUACGUCGUGGGGUAAACGCCAGUUUCGUUUCACCGAUAGGGCAAAAUGAAAAGAAGGAUGACGAAAAGAGUCCAGCAACGGAAUUAGCAAAUAAAGGUCCGAGUUCUGGUGAGGAGAUUCCAAAAUCAAUAGCUCAUCUAGACGAACAAAUGGUUGAGCAAAUUAUGCGGGAAUCCAUGCACAACUUUAAGAAUGUUGAUUGGGAUGACAUUGCCGGCUUGGAAUUCGCCAAAUCCACAUUUUUUGAAGCCAUCAUUCUUCCCUUACGGCGUCCUGAUUUAUAUACAGGUGUGCGUUGCCCUCCGCGAGGCGUUUUACUGUUUGGUCCUCCCGGCACGGGCAAAACUCUCAUCGCCAAGAGUAUUGCUUCGCAGGCUAAGGCCAAGUUUUUUAGCAUUAAUCCUUCCAGCCUAACAUCCAAAUGGGUGGGUGAGGGUGAGAAGCUCGUAAGGACCCUGUUCGCCGUUGCCGCUGCUCAUCAGCCAGCUAUAAUUUUCAUUGAUGAAGUUGAUUCGCUGCUGUCUAAACGGUCUGGAAACGAGCAUGAGAGCUCUUUGAGAUUAAAAAAUGAAUUCCUUAUACACUUGGAUGGGGCAACCACCAGCGAGGAGAAUCGAAUUUUAGUGAUUGGAGCUACCAAUCGUCCGCAGGAAUUGGAUGAAGCUGUGCGUCGGCGAUUUGUGCGCCGUUUGUAUAUCCCAUUGCCAGACAAGGAUGCACGGAAGCAAAUUAUUGUCAAAAUUAUUGGCCAAGUCAAACACAAUCUGACGACGCAUGACAUCGAGAUCCUGUCAGAGUCAGCCGAUGGUUAUUCGGGUGCUGAUGUCGAUAGUUUGUGUCGUUAUGCAUCCAUGGCACCUCUUCGAGCUCUAAGCCAUGCCGAGAUUGAUCAAAUCGAAGCACAACAGUUGCCAGCCGUAACCAUGGACGACUUUAAGCAGGCACUGAAAUUCAUAUCCAAAACUGUUUCGCCUCAAGAUAUAGAACGUUACACCAGCUGGAAUGAAAUCUAUGGCGUAAAGCAUUAAAACCACCAAAAGAUGAACUUUGUUCACAAACUUUAAUGUAGCACAUUUGCGAAUAUGUAACAAGUAACUGAUAUAUCACAUCAAAUUUACUUUCGUAUACAGCAGGAAAAAGGUUAGCAUAAAUAAUUAAACCAACUACAGGACUUAAGAAUUAUAUAAUAUAUACACUACAUAUAUAUAUAAUAGUAUCUAUUUUUAAGACUUUGUUCCGGCACAUAACGAAGCUUGCCUCAUUGCACACACUUUAUAAAAGCAUAACAAGGAGAGCUUUGGAAAUAGAUAUAGAUUUAAUUUGCUAUAAACAUGGAAAUGUGUUGUAAAUUUCUUAAAAUUAAUGUCGUCGUCUGCUGGUGUAUACGCUUACUAUGUAUACCUUUUUAGAUCUCUAAUUUGUUAAGAAAAGUUCGAAAAAUAGGGGUUUUCUUAUCAGACCAGAACAAUUUCACCUUUUACUUGGACUGUAAUCAAACCAGCAGAAGACAUUUUAUAUAUCAAAAUGGACAUAAUGACUAUAAAUAGAUACAUACAUAAACAACACA